UUUAUCCCGCCGAGGCCGCCCGCGCGCGGUGGUUACACCGAUCGAGACGCGACGCACGGGCACGGGCACGGGCACGGGAUGGAAGCUGCUGCUGCUGGCCUGCACACCACCACACGCUCUCGAUGGAUCUGCUGCCUUGUUUGACCUGCCGCCGAAGCUGCUGCUGAUCCCACCCGGUGGGCACGUCGUCCAUGAAUGAAUGAACUGGUCAAGUUGUACACGAGAGAAGAGAAGAAGAAGAAAAAUACGAGGGGAAUCAUUCAACAGCUAGGUAGGAGUACUACCCUGCGGCGUACCAAAACGAGGUCGUUGCCGUGUUGCGUGGCCUGAGGCUGAGUGAGAGGUUGUCCUCAACGCAAAGGCAAAGGCAAAGCCAGCCCAGCAGCCAGCGCCUUCACCCAUCCUCCUGGCUCCUGCCGUGCUGCCAGGAGCUUAGCAUCUGCCGCCGGGUAUGCCAUCCCGAUCCCGUCCUGAUUGAUCCAGCAGCUAGCGCGGCGGAGGCCCCGCAGAAAUGGACGGUGCCUCGUCCUCAGCCGGCGGCGGCAGCGGUGCUUCUUCUUCUUCGUCGCCGGCAGCGGUGCAGGGGAGCCGGGGCGGCCGGGAGCUCGCCGGGAGGGUGGGCGCGACCAACAUCGGCAGGCUGCGGCACGGGAAGCAGCAGCAUGGCACGAGGCCCGGCGUCGGCGUGGGCAUCAGCAUCAGCGUCACGUCCUGGCACCUCAGGGUGUUCGCGGCCGUCGUCGGCCUCAUGGGCUGCCUCCUGCUCGCCGCCUCCCUCGCCAUGUCCGCGCUGCACCAGGUCCAGUUCAGGAACGCCGCCAUCUCCAGGAACUUCAGGGGCCUCCAGGAGCUUAAGCAACACAUUGUAAGGAGGGAGCAAGUGGAGCAGAUCAUGCAUGGAAGGCUUCUGCAAAUGGCCACUUCAGCUCUCACAAAGAACGGCUCUGAACCUGAAACUUUCGCGCUAUGGGAAGAGCCCUACAGGCAAGCGCGCAAGUGGAAGCCCUGUGCUGCUAAGCACAGUUUGGCUGAUGAAGAGCCUGACAAGAUCAACAGCGGCUUCAUACUGGUCAGCGCAAAUGGUGGUCUGAACCAGCAGCGUGUCGCUGUAUGUAAUGCUGUUGUCGUUGCUGCUCUGCUCAAUGCUACACUAGUCCUCCCACGGUUCCUCUACAGCAGCGUCUGGAAGGACACAAGUCAGUUUGGUGACAUCUAUCAGGAAGACUACUUCGUGAAGUACAUGAAGAACGACGUGCGAAUCGUGAAAGAACUACCAGCACGCCUUCAGUCACUGGACCUCGAAGCAAUUGGCAGCCAGAUCACUGACAUGGAAAUCUCGAAAGAGGCUGAACCAUCCGAGUUCGUCAAAUCCAUACUCCCAAUUCUUCAGCAAAAUGGCGUCGUUCAUUUCCUCGGGUUUGGAAACCGGCUAGGCUUCGAUUCAGUGCCUGUUCAUCUGCAGAGGCUGAGAUGCCGAUGCAACUUCCAUGCUCUCAAGUUCGUCCCUGAGCUCCAGCAAGCAGGCUCCCUGCUGGUCCAGCGGCUGCGCCAGGUGAGCGCGAUGCAGACGGAAAUGGACAAGCAGCUGUUCGGCAGCAACAUGCUGGACCCGGCCUUGGCAGAGAACCACCACGCCGCCGGCACGCCCAACAGGUACCUCGCCCUGCAUAUGAGGUUCGAGGAGGACAUGGUGGCCUACUCGCUCUGCGAGUUCGGCGGCGGCGAGGAGGAGAGGAGGGAGCUGCAGGCGUACAGGGAGACCCACUUCCCGGCACUCGCGCUGCGCCUACGGAACACCACGGUUUCGCCGGAGGAGCAGCGCAGCCUGGGGAGGUGCCCGCUGACGCCGGAGGAAGCGGGUCUCGUCCUCUCCGCGCUGGGAUACGACCGCCGGACGUUCAUCUACGUGGCCGGGUCGCAGAUAUACGGCGGCGCGCCACGGCUGCGGCCGCUGACGCGGCUGUACCCGAAUCUGGUCACCAAGGAGGAUGUCCUCACCGCCGACGAGCUGGCCCCGUUCAAGAACUUCUCUUCACGGCUUGCGGCCUUGGACUUCAUCGCGUGCGCGUCGGCGGACGUGUUCGCGGUGACGGACUCCGGCAGCCAGUUGUCGUCGCUGGUGUCCGGGUACCGCAUCUACCACGGCAGGGGCCGCGCGCCGACGCUGCACCCGAACCGGAAGCGCUACGCGCAGGUGCUUUCCGAGGAAGAGAGCAUCGCGUGGGGCGGCUUCCAGAGAAGGGUGAGGCAGAUGGUGGAGGAGUACAAGCGGGUGAGCCCGCGGCCGAGGGGCCGGAGCGUCUACCGGCAGCCGAGGACGCCCGGGUGCAUGUGCAGGGCCGCCGGCGACGGGAGCGUCGACUUCUGAUGCCCAUGUUAAUUUGCUGUUUGCAGCAGAUCAUCAUCAAGCGCCUGCUCUGUUCCAUUAAUUCUUUCCUAGAAGUUUUGUGCAUAGAUUUUAUAUUUUUCUGAAUUGAUUGACUUUGUGGGUCCUUUUAGCAUCUCAGGAUACAUGGCGGGAUAGGUGACAAAAUUUUUUUGAGUCCUGUAAUACUAGCAUGGUUGUAAACAUAGCUUUACGCCUCACGAGUGGUGUACAUAUACAUAUAUAUACAUACAGAAGUAAAAUAUAUAUACAUGUCCUGCUUAUAAUUACAUUUA